CAAAGCCCUUCAGUCUACAAUUCGCUGUUGAGAAAAGCGCGCGCGAAUUUGUAAAUAUGGCGCGAAAAUUGUUGUUACGUGAAAUAAAAGAAUUGAAAUCUGUUAGAAAAUUGUCUGCGAGUGUGAAAUUGAAUAAAAAUGAACAAUUUAUAGUCAAAUCAUCGAUUCCUGAUGUAGUAGUUCCCGAUAUGAAAUUUUUAGACCGGCUUUGGAUUGAUUCUCAUCGAUGGAAUAGCAACCAUAUCGCUCUUAAAUGUGCAGAAACAAAGAAGACCUACACGUUUGCAGAGUUAUGGAAGUAUACAGCAGUAUUCGCGACAUCCCUUCGGAAGAAAUUAGGGUUACAAGCAAACGAUGUUGUAGCAGUAAUGUUACCUAAUUGCCCAGAGUUUCCUGUAGUUGCUUUUGGAUCGCUACAGGCGGGAUGUAUUGUGACUACAAUAAACCCUAUUUAUAAAGAAAUGGAGAUAGGCCAUCAAGUGGCGACAACAAAUCCAAAAGUGGUGGUCACAAUAUCCGAAUGUUACGAAAACCUUAGAAAAGGUCUACAAAGUGCUAAAAGUCAAGCUAAAAUUGUUCUAUUAGACAAACCAAACAAAACCUUACCAGAUGGAGCUAUAAGAUUUUCUGAAAUCGCUGAAAAUGGAGAGGCUGAUUAUGUUAUGUUGGAAAAAAUUGAGAGGAAGAAAGAUGAUGUUGCUUUUAUACCGUUUUCUAGUGGAACAACAGGUCUUCCCAAAGGAGUUGAUAUAACGCAUGGGAAUUUACUAGCCAGUAGUACUUUGAUGAGCCAAAAGCCUAAUGAUUUCGCGUUGAUGGCUGAUGCAAAUUAUCAAGACAUAGUGCCCUGUAUCCUGCCAUUCUUCCACAUCUAUGGGCUAGUGGUAACAUUAAUAGGGCAUAUAACCAAGGGCUGCCAAUUGGUCACGAUGCCCCGAUUUUCUGCAACUACCUUCUUUGAUGUUCUGAAGAACGAUAAACCACAUCUUUUGUAUGUGGUUCCGCCUAUUGUAAUACUGCUAGGAAAACAUCCCGAUGUAAAAGCAGAACAUUUCACAAACGUUCGUAGAAUUAUAUGUGGAGCCGCACCGCUAGCGGCGUCUGAUGCUGAUGCUAUCCUGGAAAAGAGUAAAUCAAACCUAGCGUUUGGACAAGGUUUCGGAGCAACAGAAACGUGUUCGCUAACAACUACCACAUUUAUAGACACAAAGAUAGAAGACUAUGCGUCGUGUGGCGAACCGAUGGUUAAUGUUGAAUUGAAGUUUGUUGAUCCAGUUACUGGAAAUGAUGUGCCUAUUGGUGAAUCGGGAGAAUUGUUAGUAAGAUCACCAACACUAAUGAAAGGUUACCACAAAAACGAGAAAGCAACUAAAGAAUCAAUUACUGAAGAUGGUUUCUUCAAAACUGGAGACCUUGGGUAUUAUAAGCCUGAUGUCGGAUUGUACGUGACUGAUAGGAUUAAGGAACUUAUUAAGGUUAAAGGAAUGCAAGUAGCACCAGCGGAAUUGGAAAGUUUGCUCCGAUCGCAUCCAGCCGUUCAGGAUGCUGCUGUUAUUGGAGUACCCCACGAAUUCCACGGCGAAGUACCAAAAGCAUUUAUUAUAAAGAAAAAUGGUCUCAGCGCGACCCCUGAGGAACUCCAAGACUUUGUCGCGAACCAAGUGGCCUCAUUCAAGAAAAUAGAAGAAGUUGUUUUCGUAAAUGAAAUACCUAAAACUAGUACAGGAAAGAUUUUAAGGAAGGAUUUGAAGAAAAUGUACGCUUAGUGAAAUAAUAUAUAAGUUUCAUAAAAGAGACUGAAUCAAAUGCUUGGAUGAAAUCACUUUAGAAAUGUUUAAGAAAUGAAAUAUAUUUUUCGUAUUUUUUAUUCUAUUAUGACUUGAGAAGUCAGUUACGAGAGUUUAUAUUUAUAAAAUAAUGGG